AGGGGGAGGAGUGUCCGUUGUGAUACAGGAACACGUGCUGUGCUGCUUGCUUGCCAGUUAGUUGCCGUGUCUCGAAGGUGAUCAGGGAGUUACUGGGGUCCAGUUCCGCAAUGAAAUAACCUGUAUCUGCUGGCUGUUAAGUGCAACUAAGACUGCACUGGGCACCAAUUACUGGUGUUGGGUUCUGCUCUCAAAUCACGACCCCAAAGAACCGUGUAUUGGACAUAAAUUGCAAAUAAGAUGGCAGUGAGCAGGAGUUGCUGGUGUUGUGUUAUGUUGUCAGUUCGUGACUCCAAGGAACUGUUUCCAUUGACUCUCAAAGUGUAACUAAGAUUACUAUGAACAGGAGUUGCUGCUGUUGUGUUAUGUUGUCAGUUCGCGACUCCAAGGAACUGUUUCCAUUGACUCUCAAAGUGUAACUAAGAUUACUAUGAACAGGAGUUGCUGCUGUUGUGUUAUGUUGUCAGUUCGCGACUCCAAGGAACUGUUUCCAUUGACUCUCAAAGUGUAACUAAGAUUACUAUGAACAGGAGUUGCUGCUGUUGUGUUAUGUUGUCAGUUCGCGACUCCAAGGAACUGUUUCCAUUGACUCUCAAAGUGUAACUAAGAUUACUAUGAACAGGAGUUGCUGCUGUUGUGUUAUGUUGUCAGUUCGCGACUCCAAGGAACUGUUUCCAUUGACUCUCAAAGUGUAACUAAGAUUAAUAUGAACAGGAGUUGCUGGUGUUGGAUUCUGCUGUCAAAUCUUGAUACCAAGAACCCAUCUACUGGGUGUCAAGUGCAAAUAAGAUUGCAAUGAGAACGAAUUACUGGUGUUUGGGAGCUGGCUCUCACGUGUAAGUAAAGUUACGGUGAACAAGAACUAAUGACGUUGGGUCCUGCUGUGAAAUCGUGACCCCAGGGAACUGUGUCUGCUGACUAUCAGGUGUGACUGAACAGGGAAGAAGUGAAAAUUCCCAUCCGUCAUAGUCAUUAGCGUUGUUUAAGUCAAGCGGUGCGAAGAAUCGUGAAGUGUGUCUCUUUUGUACCGCUGCCAAUCAUCCCAUAGGUAGAGUACGUCAAAGUGAAUUUUUUAAAUAGUGGCACCUUGGGAAAGGAUGAGAAGCGUUUGUUAGAGGAGACGAGUGAAAGAAACCUAAAGGACUUCGAAAGUAAGUGAUGUGGAUCGGAGAUAUGUGCGAUAAAGGUGCAGAUAACGGUUAAGGACAAGAUAAUUUUCUAUCAGAACCUUCGUUGGCACUGAAGAUGGUUCUGGCCGGCAGUUGGGUUAGGGAGUCAGUUGCCUUAAUGUGCUAUGAGUGACGAUGAACCCUCAGCCGCGACCCCCGCUGUCGUCCCAAUGUGCAGCUAUGUCGGCGAUCACUACGAGGACCGUGGUGAAUGGUCUCGUUUCCUGUACUAUGUAGCCAGGGACUACAAGCAGAAGGGCAGGCCCUACAUUAGGGUCGUGAGGACGCUGCUGCUGGACGAAGUUCUAUGCAGCAAUCGAGUGAGCCAAAUGACCAAGACCUACAAUGACAUUGAGGCAGUCACAAGGCUACUGGAAGAGAAAGAGAAAGACCUAGAGUUAACGGCUCGGAUUGGAAAGGAGUUGCUGACUCACAAUCAGAAGUUGGACUCCAAUGUUGCAGCUCUUGAAGCAGAACUGAAACAAGCCAAUGAGAAGCUCACACAACUGAACCAUGAACUGGCGAAAAAGACGGAGCUUAUUCAGAUCCUCACAAAUGACGUGGAUGAGUCUGGCUCAGAGUCAGGCACUCCUACAAGCCUCCGCUGUAUCAACUUGGAAUUCAUGCAGCGUCGAAUUUGGUCCUUGGAGGAGGAAAACAAGCAGCUACGCUCUGAAGCAAGCCAGCUUGCACAUGAUACGGAGGACUGUGAGAUGGCAGAACAGAGAUUGGUCCAAGACAUAGCAUCACAACUUGCUAAUGCCAACAUGGAGGUUGAUGGCUUAGCAGAUGAAUUGCAACGUCAGAAGGAGGAGAGUCGUCAGCAGCAUGAAGAAAUUGCCAUUCUGACAAGUAAAUUACUUCAUGCAGAAUCGCAAAUUAAUAAGUUAACAGCAGAGAAUGAUGAACUGUCAUCAAACCUCCACAUCACGCGAGAUAAUCAGAGACAGUUAGCUGGUGAAUUGGCAGACCUGAAAGAUCGGUAUGCUGAAGUAUUGAGCUUGCUUCGAGAUACACAAGAACAGUUGCGUAGGCAACGAAGGAAGGGGAUGCCUCAAGCUCGUGGUGGACUCUUCUCUUCAUUAGGAACUACUGCACAUCCUGAUUCUAUAGCAUCAGAACUGGAAAGUUCUCUAUAUUCAGAACUAAGUCUAGAUUCUGGAAUUGGUGUUGACUGUAGGGAAAGGAUGUCAAACUACAAAAAGGUGUUUGAAACAGUUCGUUGUGCAUCUCGAGGAUCGUCAAGCAGUGCUGGGAGCAGUCCCAUCCACCAGAUGUAUCCUACCCAUUCAAUACAUCUUCCAACUGGGGGUGGUGGCACAAUGAUGCAAACCACUGCCACACUUUCAUCAAGCGGACCUCGCAUGAGUGCGUUUGUGCCAAUAUCCUCAGGAGGACCCAGUAUGGGGGGACCUCAACCUUUGCGGCCAACCAAUAGGAUGGGAGGCAGUUCUGUAUACAGCAGCUCGCUGAGUUUCCCCAGCAUGGACUCCCAGCAUAGCGACUCUGAAUUUUCGGUUGUUACAGACACAAGUGAUGAGUGCUAUCCAGGAGGAGCACGGGCUGGAGUGCCUGGUGUUCCAGGUGCAGCUGAUCUUGAGGCAGCCCUACGUCGUCUAACUCCAGCAGAGGUUCUGGCCCGACGAGCCACAUUAAGUUCUGGCCUAGCAUAUACAGGCUAUGAUUAUCCUGAUGGCCCUCAAACUCCACCCAACUACCUCCCAUAUGGAUGUCGUACACCGGACAGCAUCAUGUCUACAGGCAGCAGUGGACUUAGUGGUUUCAGUGGACAUACCACAGGCAGUUGGAAACUUCCAGAAAAAUUACAAAUUGUAAAACCCCUGGAAGGAUCACUGACAUUGGCCACCUGGUCUCAGCUUGCAACUCCCACACUUGGUGGACUUCUGGAUGAGAGGCCAGGAGUAAAGAUCCGUGGUGGACGCCAGUUGGAAGACCUGGGUCUGGAACUGUACUCUCUCUCAGAUCUAGAAGAAGAUGAGGAGUGUGUUAACCCUGGCAAGAGCUUCCAAAGUACAGGUUCUGUGUACACAUACACAAACAGUACAGUGCUCCAUCCAGAUGAUAAUACCAGUGUCACGCCCAGUCUUCGCGGGAGUCAGAUGUGCACAGUGGCAAGCUCAAGACAACCAACAGCCCCUCAAACACCUGUUACCCUGAGUCGACGUGGCUCAACCACAACUUUCUCAACCACAUUAGGCCUAGCCAAGAUGCUCAAUGAGCGAGGUAUCAAGGCUGUUACUCCAUCAGCAGUGGCUACUCCUUGCGGUGAUAGGAGUUUCACCCCCACUGCCACCCCAUGCAACAGCCCAGAUGGUACCCCGCCACCUUCACCACCACCGUCACCACCUCCAUAUAACCCUCUGAAAUUCCCAGGUUUCUUGACCAGUGGUGCAGAUCUUCUACGACGAAAACUCACAGGAGAUGAUGAACGCCAAGCCAUGAAAACACAUGGCAAGAAUAAGCGCAGUAAAAUGGCUUUAUCUCGUUCUGAAAGAAAGGCCCUCACAGGUAUCCGACUGGUGGAGAAACUGGAGAGGAUUGGUUUGGAUACGAUCAUGGCAACAACAGCAGCUCCAAUGUCAGCUCUCACUCUGCAAGGUGCCCUUUAUACACGUCGUACUCUGAAAAGUCCCAUGGCGCAGUUAACAAGUUUCAAGAGUGCAAUAGCAUCACCAGGAAUGGUAGCACCUACCACCUCUUCUGUAUCCACGACUGUGAAAGCUUCAGAAUCUGAAGCCAUGAAGAUAAGCACUGCAUCCCUGAAUGUAGAGCAGGGUCUUGGUGUGCCUGGCAGACCUGGCUCUGGGCUGUUGGAUCGCCCACCACCUGCACCAGAAAGGAAGCAUCAACGGACCAGUGGAAUGGUUCGGCCUGACCUCGGAACAGUAUUAGGGUCAGUUCCUGCCAAAAGGAGUCGUGAUUCAGUGGAAGCCAACCCCAACCCUGGAACCCUAGGGACAAUUAGCUCGCUGCUUUUUGGCCGUAAGGGUGGCUUGCUGUGAUGUGGUUCUAGAAGUGAUCCUCAUAGUUGAGAUACUUGUCCAGCAGCACAUGUAGCUUUAUUAGCAGUGAGCCCUGAAGGAAUACCAGAGUAUGUAAGUAGAUUUUUCUUCCUGAAAGUUAAGUGAGAAAUUGUAGGCUAGUGGCAUAUGUCAAUAUCAAUUCCUUUUAUACUUCAGAUCUUAGGUCCCUGCUUUCUUCAUUCAGACUUUCCCAUUUUCUUGGAAGAGGAAAGUCACCAAAUUGCAAAACUUCAGAUAUUGUUUAUUAUGCACACCAAUGAAACAUAUUUUGAAUGAUUUGACUGGUGUAACAUUUCCCUCAACCCCCCAUAUUCUUCAUUGUAAAUAGACUAGUGCAUUUGCUGCUAAGAUGAAGGUGGAAAAUCAUUUCUUUCUUCCUUUCUUUUAUCUCUUAUGUGCCCUUAUCCCCCUCCUUUCUCCCAUCCCUUGUCCAUCCUUCAUUCCUUUCCCCCUUCCAUUCCACCUCCUCUCCAUCCUAAAAUGAUCCCCUCUUUCCUGGUCUUUCAUUCCCUUGUCCCUUUUGUACAUUUACCUCCUUCCCAUUUUUCUCCAGUAUUCCUUCUACAUCCUUUUUAUUUACCAGCCAUAUCAUCAUUCCUCUCUCCAUAUUCUAGCAAUGGUGUACUGGAUUUUCUUGGAGCAAGACAGAAAUAACCUGUUAUCCUAGCAACAGUGCAUUGGGUCCUCCCCUACUGUGGGAUUUGGCAGUUAUUUAUGUGGAAUAAGCAAAUUAGAAGGUAAGGUUUUUGACUUCAGGGACAUUCAUCACUUUUCAAAAUAAUGUGGUAAACUGUACUACAUGUAGUAUUUCUGUAGCUCAGAUUAUUAUUUUCUGCAUCAUGGCAUAUUAGCACUGUAAUGCCAUAUUAUUUACAUACAUUGCAUCCUGACCGACUGAUCUAAUUGUUUUAGGGAAGAGUUUCUUUUACUAGUUUUUGUGCCACAGUUUUGUUUUGUAAGUACUGUUUGAUUAUAUGCAUAUGACAGCUUCACUUUGGAUGCCAUUUUUAUGGUGACCAUACUCAUCAGUUUGUAGGCAUGAGAUAAUUUCACCACAAUAAUAUGUCACUCAUCAGGCCUAUUCACAAUUGAAAUGGAAAUUUCUCAGUCACGCUUUACUACAUGUUAAAAUGUUAAAUGCCCCCUGUUACACUACAUUUAAUACCUCCUACUGCAUUAGACACUGCAAUGGGUUAAUAAAGCCAAUUGAUUUUCUACCUUGAAUUGCUGAAAAUCAUGUGUUGUGCAUUGCAUAUUGAGCUUGCUUCAUUUUACUGUGUGUAUUGUAAAAGAAAAGUGGUUGAGUGAUGGAAGAAAUUAAUGGAACAUCCUGUUCUGUCACUAUGCAGUACCCUUAUUGGUACAGUUACAAUCAAACAGCAUGCAGUUAUGCAAAAGCUAUUCAUGUUCUGUGCAGAUUGACCUAUGCCACUCUCACAUUACAAUUCCAAAGAAAUGUUGCAUCAUUUUUACUUGCGUAUAGUUCACACUUUGCUCAUAAACAUAUCUUAAUAUGUAUGUGUGUGUGUACGCAUAAUCUUCUAUUCUGUAUGAACUGCUUAGGUGCUGCAUCUAAAAACAUUAUCAACACCUUUGGCUAGGUGGAGUAUGUUUUCUUUUCCCCCUGAAGUAUGCAGUUUAUCAUAAAAUAAGCUUACCACCAUUUCAGCAAAUUUCAUUCUAUCUAUCGCAACAGUUUUGUGUUCUAUUUAUUAUGCCAUUUAUCUUCAAAUAUUGUCUCUUAGAUUGCAUACAUUUAAUUAAGGAUGCCACUUGAUAUUGAUAACUCAGUAAAAUAUGAUGCCUGGGGAAAGUGUACAGCAUUGGUAUAAAUUCAACCUCUUGAGCAUGGAUGCAGAUUCAGCAUAUUAAGUACUGAUGUGGAUUCAGCAAAUCAGUAUCUUACAUAAUUCAUUUUUGUCAUAAAAUCAUUUUUUCCUCAAAAUACUGAAUAACCAGGCCUGUCCUCUACACAAAAUUUGAGUAUUAUUAGGAAGAAAUAAGUAAAUCGAUAACCAUGGUAAAUGUGCAAUACAAGUAAAAUCAGUAUUCUGCAUCUAACACUGAAUUGAAUUAAACACUUCGGAAAUUUAUAAAUCCCAGAACCUUAAAAUUAUUUGAUACUGAUACAGUCAUCUUCAAUAAUGAUGUGGAAUUCCGUGUCAGCUGACUACUACAGUUAAUCAGAUUAUUUUUUUUGUAUCAUUCUCAUGGAGAGAAAGCAAUUUGUGAGAUGUAUGCGAGUGAAGACAGUGCUUGCUAAUUAGCUUUGAAGAAUCGGAGUUAGAUAGAGAAAGAGAAGAAUAUUUUUGGUAGAGGAUCACUACAAUAUAAACCAUUAGAGUAUAGGUAGCUUCUGUUCCCCUGUAGUGGCAUUAUGUGGAAAUGUAGACAAGUUGCUCAAUCCCACCACCAGAGUAUCUUGACUUUUGUAGGUUCAAACAGAAGUUAAACUGUGUACUUAUAAAUUAGUGUAUUUUCAAAUAUAAAUAAAUUUGUUAGAUUAGAGGUUUUCACGGCAGUGACUAUGAAGAAAGCAGUCUUUGGGA